AUGGCUUCUGAAGCCACCCCAUCAAGAGGGGGCAUGUCCCUGUAUGCCAACCUACUUGAUCCCUCUACUGAUACGCCUGGCACCGUCUCCCGUGCCCCUGUUGUCUUUAAGCAGUCGGAAACCGAGCAUCAACCCGACGAUGCGGCCGCCAAGAAGCAACAACUGAAUCCUGCUUCUCUUCGGUUCCAACCCCCCAAAAGACCACAGCUCUCAGCCCAGAAGCCCAAGCCGAAACAUACUUUACCCAAGGCGGCGCCACAAACACAGCCCUUAGCUAACCAAGCUUCGGGACCGACAAAGAGCACUUUGGCUGAUUGGACUGCCAUUGAAGAUGACGAUUAUGAAUACACGCGCGAGAAGCGACAACGCGGUGGAAGAAAGAAGCGCAAGAAGAACUUUGAAGCACAUGUUGUUCAGAACUGGGAUGAUAUUUACGACUCUUCUCGACCUACCAAUAACACAGAAUACCGCCAUAACGAAGAAAAGAUCAAUGAAGUCCGCGAGUGGGAGGAUUGCUUAUAUGCGCGUGGCAGAAAGCGUUCAACAAGCAGAUUUUCAGAUAGCGAGGAUUAUGACCGGCCAAGAAAGCGUAUGUACGCUUCUUCUGCCAAUGGCGACGACAUGCAGACUAAAAACAUAUCACUAGGACAAUUUGCGCCUCCAAGCAACUUUGCGCCGCCCCCAAAUCUCAAUGAUGCGCCACCACCAGCUUCGAUCCCCAAUGACCCAUCCGGUGAGGAUGCAUUUGCCCGCCGUGCUGCAUUAGGGCAACGCUUCGACAAUGAUUCUGUCGCUUUUCAGGUACAACUGCCGACCUCAUCAUCACCCCGAGCCCAAAAUCUCACCCAAAUCCCCGAUAACCCAUCAUCGGGACAAGUCAUACCACAUCCUUCUCAAACACGCCCGCUCGAUGCCUUUCAGCCUGGCUCCGCAACUAUCUCCCGUGCACCAGUUCGAUACACCCUUCCACCACCCCCAGAAGACAUCCCAGCCUCUGAAGCUGAACUUGCAGCUGUAUUGGCCCAAGAGCAGCCGACAGAGGAGGAAGAACCAGAUGAGUCUGCACCAAGAUCCCUUCGUCCGGGGCAAAAAGGCUUCGCAGAACGACUGCUUUCCAAAUAUGGUUGGACCAAGGGAUCUGGGCUCGGCGCUACUGGCUCUGGUAUGGUGAAUCCUUUGCAGGUCAAGGUUGAGAAGCGCAAGAAGCGACCGGAUUCAGAGGGCGGUGGCUUUACAACACCUGCUGGGCGUGGUAAGAUUAUCGGAAACAAUACGAAAGGUGAAUAUGAAACCAGCAAGUUUGGCCCAAUGAGCGAAGUAGUCAUCCUACACGGCAUGCUGGAUGGAAUGGAUCUGGAUGCCGAGAUUGAGGGUGGCAAUGAUGGUGGCUUGAUGCAAGAGAUUGGAGAUGAAUGUCAGAGGAAGUAUGGAGAUGUAGUGCGAGUCUUCAUCGCUCGCAACGUCGGCACCCCAGUCCCGGUCUUUGUCAAAUUCCGCGAUUCCUUGUCUGGCCUACGGGCCGUGAACGCGCUUGAAGGCCGUACAUUCAAUCAAAACAUAAUCACCGCGCGAUUUUUCGACACCGAAAAAUUCGACCAGGGCAUUUACACGAAAUAA